CACAACUGCUCGAAAGCGACAACUCCGGGACGCAUAGGAGGGAUUCAAUUUGUUGGCGUCGACUGGCAGAUUCUGGCAUUGGAUAUAGAUACAGUCAUCUGCCCGGUUCUUUCCUUUAGAUUUUCUCUCCUCGGUCCCGUCCUCCGAACACCAUGGCCGAUUUCGGUUCCGCGCUCAAUUUUGUCACCGACAACGCGGUGGCUUCGAUUCUCAAAGGCGCAUACGAUGCCUUUUCGGAACGAAGAGAAGCCCUUGGGCUGACGAACCCCGGCACCGUGGAGAAUGUUGCCCGUGAAGUGCAGAAGGAUGUUUUGCUCUCCAAUUUCAUGUUCACCGGCCUCCGCGCAGAUCUGACAAAGGUCUUUGGCGUUUCUCCGCUCUUCAGAGUCUCGCAUGCAUUCACAAUGGGUUCGCAAGGGAACCUGCCACCCUAUGCCUUUUCCUCUAUGUUUGGCACUCCCAGCGUACUUAUGCAAGGCAAUAUUGGCAGUGAUGGAGCUCUUAACGCUGUCUGCAAUUAUCGGUGGACCUCCGCGCUGGUCACUAAAGCCAAUGCCCAGAUCAUGCCGGGGGCAGCCCAGGGACUCAUCCAAAUCGACAACGACUACACCGGCUCGGAUUUCUCUGUCUCCAUCAAAGCGUUCAACCCAUCAUUCCUGGAGGGUGGCCUUACAGGAAUAUACAUUGGAAGCUAUUUGCAAUCUAUUACCCCAGGGUUGGCCCUUGGAUUAGAGGCCAUGUGGCAGCGUGCAGGACUCAAUGCUCGCCCGGAGACGGCCAUCUCAUACUGUGCCAGAUACAAGGGUAGUGAUUGGAUUGCAAGCGCUCAGUUGCAAGCUCAGGGAGCAAUCAAUGCGUCGUAUUGGAAGAAGCUUUCCGAUAAAGUGGAGGCAGGCGUUGACAUGAACCUUCAAUUUUCCCCAAGUGGCAACCCCAUGAUGGGCGGUGGCCUUCGAAAAGAAGGAACCACAACCGUUGGGGCAAAAUACGAAUUCAGAGCAUCAACUUUCAGGGCUCAGAUUGACAGCUCUGGAAAGUUGGGCUGUCUCUUGGAGAAAAGAGUUGCCAUGCCCAUCUCUUUGACCUUCGCUGGAGAGAUCGACCAAGUCAAGCAACAAGCGAAAAUUGGCCUCGCUGUAUCAUUCGAGAUGGCCUCAGAGGAAUUAAUGGAGCAGCAGGAAAGUGGUGACAUGGCCAACGUCGCAGCACCACCAUUUUAAUGACGAUGACACUCAUGACAUCCUUCUCACCGCAUCACAUCCCAUCAUCCGGGAAACAGGCGCACUCGUAACCACCUUCCACCUGCCUCUUUAUUACAUUCAACGCAUUUAAUACCGGACUCCUGGUAUACCUUCUGGGACGCCCCGGAGGGAAAUCCAUUUCCCCUUUAUUUGUAUAUCCGUGAGGCGGUCAUAACUGGCGCAUCGGGAUCGAUCUUCCUUGUAUAGACUACCUCUGUACCGUUGUCUGCAUUACAUCCCCCCAUUCGCCUCGUUCUCCAUUCUACCUUUUCCCUUCAUUGCUUCCUCUAUUUCUGUAUUUUUCGACCGUGCCCUGGUGACUGUUUGGUCACGGGCGGCUGUGGGUUUGAUUCUGACGGGUUUACUCGGUUCGAAAGCGUUGACGUGAUUUAUUUUAGAGGAAGGUUCACUUGUAAAAUAAAGUCUUGAUUAUGGCAGCAAAAUGGGAUUGUGUUUUCGACCGUUCUGAGCUGGCGGCCUGGCAGGCAUUCAGGGCUCACACAACCUGGUUGGAAUCGACGAUGCGGAUUGGGAAGAAAUUGAUUGGCUGAAGGGUUCUAGCAGCUUCGUUAGCGACUGG